GCAGGCUGGCUGGGCUGGGGAGUUUUGCUUCGUCGCCUCGCAGCAGCCGCCGCCCGUGGAGCUCUCAGCGGCUGGCCUGCGGGAGGAAUGCUCGCCUGACCCCUUUGGGGAGCGACAGAGACCCCCGCGCGCGCGCCCCAGCGGAUCUGGUGCUUGUCCAGCGGCUCUGGCCCGGGGAAGGGAGCGGAUCCCACCUGCCUCCUGCCGCACCAUGAGUGGCUCCUUUGAUAAGAAGAUCACCAGCAUCCUGACCGACCUCUCCAGCUCCCUGAGCUGCUCCAAGGAUUCCCCCACCUUGCCCGAGUCCUCGGUCACCGACCUGGGCUACUACAGCGCCCCCCACAGCCAGCACGACUAUUACCCCAGCCAGCCCUACAGCCAGCCCGUCAACCACUACUCCUACCACCACCAGUUCGGCCUCAACGGGCUGGCGGGGGCUGGGACUUACCCCACCAAGGCCGAGUACCCCUACAGCCCCUCCUACAGGCAGUAUGGGCAUUUCAGGGAGCAGCAGCUGCCGGCCCAGGAAGCAGUCUCGGUGAAGGAAGAACCAGAACCGGAGGUGAGGAUGGUCAACGGGAAACCCAAAAAGAUCCGAAAGCCCCGAACCAUUUACUCCAGCUACCAGCUGGCGGCUCUGCAGAGGAGGUUCCAAAAGGCUCAGUACCUGGCUCUGCCCGAGAGAGCCGAGCUGGCUGCUCAGUUGGGGCUGACUCAGACACAGGUGAAAAUCUGGUUCCAGAACCGGAGAUCCAAGUUCAAGAAGCUCUACAAAAACGGGGAAGUACCCUUGGAACACAGCCCCAAUAACAGCGACUCCAUGGCCUGCAAUUCUCCGCCUUCUCCAGCCCUCUGGGACAGUAACUCUCACAGCAACCCCUCCAGCAGGAACCAGCUCCCCCAGCAGCUCCCCUACAGCUCUUCCCCAAGCUACAUGGAGGAGCAGCACAACCCCUGGUACCACCACCAGAACCUCAGUGGACCUCACUUACCGCAUCAAGCUUUGCCCACUAACACCAUGCAUCAUACACCCCCUGGGCCGCCUCCCAAUCCGGGGGCCGUGUACUAACCUCCAGCCUCCUUGGACCAGGGGAGCAAGAGAGGAAAUUGUCACCGUCGCGGCCAGACCCUUCUUAAAACGUGGGUUUGUUUCCAGGACAAAGGCAGACACACGCUAACAUCCCAGCCCGUCUCAGGACCCGCAGAGCUGCAAAGGGUUAAAACGAUCAGAGGACGAUCCACAAGCGAGGCAGGAGUGGUGGCGGGCAGGCAGGGGUGGGGCAGGGUUGGGGAAGAGGUUUUGGAUUUUUAUUUUUUGGUAAAGAUUCAGAAUUGCCAAUUCCUUUUCACCCCACCCCUACUUUCUAUGGGGUCCCCGGCCCCCCUGCACCACCAUCCCACCCACCACCACCAGGCACAGUGAAUGGGAAGAUUCUUCCACCUGGAGCUCUGUGCCAGAGACUCACCUCUCAUCUGGACAGAGGCCAAGAGACACCGCACGUCUCCAAGCGUUCGAAAACAGCACGACUGGUUUUUUUACCUUCCCGGGUGAGCUGUUUGUGGGGUGUCUCCUUGAGGACUCUGGAAGAACAUCUCAGCUGGCGGGACUUCAAAAAACCACUUGGCUUCAUCCACAUCAGGGUAGGAUUUUUCAUCACGCCCAGAUGAUAGAGAAGGGAAAGUAAUUGUCUCUGCGUCUUCCCUCUCAUCCACCCUUGCAAGGGUCAGACGGGAGAUGAAAGCACCAUUUAAGCUAAAAAGAAAAAUGCAAUAAGAGGUACCACACUUUGUAGUCUUUUAAAAAAAAUUCUAUAUAUUCUAAAUAAAUAAAGUCAAUUUUUAGAUAUGUCUAUUGUACAGAACUGGACACUAUAGAAACAUUUAAUAACAUUAUUGAAGGGACCAUUGUUAGAGAGGACCAAAAGCCCAGCCGUGGGGAAGGGCUAAAUUCUGAUCUCAUUUACACCAGUGUAAAUCUUGCUCUACACCAGUGUUACUCCAGAUUUACAGAGAAGAAUUUUGGCUGGUGCAAACUGGAGUGCCAAAAUCUCCGUACUGGAUGAGGGCCAGAUUCUGAUCUCAGUAACACCAGUGUAAAUCCAGAGUUACUGCAAGAUUAGAGGAGAAGUUUGCCCUUCCGGGCCAGAUUCCCUACUGGCGUAAAUCUGCAUUGAUCUCAAUGAAAGUCACACUGAUUUACGCCAGUUGAGAAUCUGACCUUCUGUUAGGAGUCUGAGAAAAUACAUAGAGGGGUUGUUUUAAAAAAAUGCAAAAAAUUAUUUAAAGUGUUUCAGGAACAAUUUAAGUUAUUUUGAACAGGGAAAUGAGCCUGUUAAUGGUUUAAGUUUUCUCCGCACAUCAGUUAAGCUCCUGUCAAAGUAGAAUGUCUAUUUUUUUGACAAAACAACAACCAAAAAGGGGAAAAAAAAAAUCUCGGAUAUUUUUUAAAAAAAUAAUUGUAUUUUUUUUUAAAAGCUGCCGUUUUAAGAAGCGUUCUCGUGUCUUCCUAUUUAUGUUGCCUUGUAUAAAUAAGGGCAGAUGAGGGGAAAAGAACAUGUUCAGAAGGUUCAUUUGUAUAAAGUUGACCAAAACAAGAGUUUUUGUUAACCUGGCUUCGGGGGGGGCGGGGGAGGGAGAAGAGAGCUCCCUCUAAAGUCAGGGCUUUGUUCCAACGUCCUUUCUGCUUUGUUAGUGGACAAAACUGUAUAUAGCGUGUUAAUAAAAAUACUUUGAAUUUA